UCGUCACUUUGCUGAAUGCAGCCACAUUCCCGCCAGUGGAUUACAAAGCCUAACUAUUAUUCAAGACAGCCACUUAUUUCAAAACAUCAUUGUCUCCCUGCCACUGGACAAGGACACUUGAACCACUGACCGAGCACCUUCACACUGCAGAGACUGAGAUCUCACAUUUACAGAAAACUUUAAGCGAUGGAGGGAUACCUGAUGAGAUUCACUCUGCUUCUCUGCAUCACCCUUGCAGCCUCAUCAUCAAUUCAGACAUGCAGACCGGAUCAACAACAGGCCAUCUACGUGAGAGAGAUGCUGAUGGGCUGUUGGACCGAUUUUGUUAGAGGAGACAAAGCGGAGGUCCACAUCCUCAACCUCAUGUUGACCAAGGAUACUCCAUUCUUCAAUCUUCACAUGAAUCUUUCAAAACCAGUGAUCCUUAUCAUUUCAUCCUCAAAAACGGCUUACGCUAACUGCGACCCCUGCGAAGGCGUGAAAGUUUAUGUGAAUAAUUCCACAAUUACACUGUUGAAUCCACAUCAGAACAAUAUCCACAAAGAAGAAAUCCCCCAUCAAAACGAGGAGUUGAUCAAGUGGGCAAAGCAAAAAUUUGAGGGUGUGACUUCAUUCACUACCGUUAAAAAUCCCACACUAAUUACACUAACAGAAGCACAAGGAACUAAACCUACAAACAUACCGACAGCUUCUCCUAUGGAUUGUGUACUUAACAAUGAAGACAUCUCAGAAAAGCACUUUAUGAAGAUUGACAUGCUUCCAGAUAAGAUCUCGUCUUGUACACUGAAAUCACAAAACCCCGACCAUGAUGAGAUACAUAUCAUAAACAUUCCAGAUACUUCUCCUGUUCGCAAUGUAUCCUUGCUCGUUAAAAGUCAGGGCAUUUCUUUCUUCCUGAGAGGUCCUCAGGGCACCACAUGGACCUUCCUCAAAAUGGGCUUUUUGAAGCUUGGUUCUAACAACGACGUCCAGAUACAAGCUUUCCCAAAAACACUUACACUACCUAAAUAUAAUGGUACAGUGAGAGGUGACAAAGCAGAUGUCGUACAGAAAAUGGCUUUGGAAUAUUUUAAAGUCAAUUAUUUCACCAGCUACAGUGAAAUAACACUGGAUGCAUCAACCAUUUCUCUAGUGAUUGAAAAACAACACAAUUUACCAGAGAUAUUUCCAUCAGUCAGAGAAGAAAUGGUAAAAAGUAUGAUUCCCAAAACAACUGAUGCCCCAAAUCAGAUGCUUCUGAACAUCCAACUGUACACCUCCCCAGAUUAUCGCUUUCCCUUAGACCCUCUAACCAGAUUGCAGACUAACAAGAGAAUCUACGCACUGAUAUCUACAAACACAAUAGGUGACAUAAAAAUGGCCCUCAAGGUGAUUGGCUGCAGCAUAAGGCCAAAGGCCUCAUCCUCUGCAGAGAAAGAGCUCCCGAUCUUCUUAGAGUCCUGCACUGCAGAGCCCUGUCACAACAGCGCUCGGCUCAGCUUCUCCUUAGAUCAGAUGCCAGAGGGGACAUCCAGCUCAUGGGUUCUACAAUGCUCUGUCAAGCUAUGUUUCUCUGACCCGUCGUAUCAGGGUGAGAUCUGUGAGCAUAACGUGAGGACAGCAGAGGAGAACCUGGAGGUUAUGCAGUCAUGCCAACCACAGGAUCAGCCAUGCUUUGAUUUUGGCCUGUCAGGUGUUCUUGGAAUUGCUUUUGGAGGGUUCCUGAUUGGAGUGUUACUUAUUGGAGCUUUGUGGUUUAUCAAGAUUAAAACAGGGUACCCAGUUGGACUUGACAUGAGGUCAACUGCUGCCAGUUUUUCUGGAUGUCCCUGUUCAAGAGCAAAGCGACAACCUGUGUCUUCCAACCCGUCACCCUCCGAGAAUAGCAGCGCGAAUGCGAGCAUCGGAAGUACUCAAAGCACACCGACCAGCAGCAUGGCAUAAGAGCAUUAUAGGGCUAUACUAGCAGGCCACCAUCCCUUCUGUGUCAUCUUGAUGGGUUUCAAGAUGACACUUGUUGCAUCAGUCCUUAAAAAAGCAUUUCUUUAUACCCUGCUCUGUUUAAAUUGUUGUUUAAAAAGCACAACUGAUGAUAUUUGACAUACCAUGUCUAAAAUGGGUUUGAUCUGGGAGUCUGUAGCUAGAUGUGGAGAAAGCAUGAAUGUUUUGAUAUUAGUUUUUAAUGCUUUCCUUUGUAGCCUCUCUGUAAAUUCAAAUUCCUCAGCCAGGGUGUUGCAGAGGCCAAAAGGGGGGGGAAGAAAAAAAAUUGGCUCCCAGCAACAGGAAAAACAAACCAUAUCCCCCUAAGAGCUAACAGGAAAUUCACGACAUUCUUUCCAAUGAAUUGUGCGUGUGUGAUGGGAGCACAAUAAUAGUUAUCCAGGAGACAAACUGGUCCAAAGACAAGCUUUGAAAAACAGAUGGAAAGAUGUUUUGUGAACAUUUAAGAAACAAAAAUAUGACGGGUUGCAUGCUAGGUCAGUCCAGAUAAAUUAAUCAACAACAUCAAGGGAUCUGACAUUCUGUAUAUUGGCAUUUCCAAAUAGGAAUACUUCCUUGUAUGACUAAAUUGCAGUCCAUGGACCAUGGUUUUAUUGCUACCUCUUAUUGAGUAGAAAUCUGGAGCUAAGGUAAAACUUAAAACUAGGUUUCUGUAGUGAAGUUUUUUUUUUUUUUUCUUACUGUCAUUUCUUGUUACCAUAUUAAAACCCUAAAGUGGCCCUAUGGGCCAUUUUUAGCUCACAAAAUAAACUUAUGAUGCCAUUGUCUUGUUAUCCAGUGGAUAAAUAAGUGUCAUCAUACUGUUUUUCCAUAGCACUCAUUUAAGAUUAGAUUUGAACUACAUUUAGUAAAAAAUUAGCAAAACUAAAUGAUGAAAGAAGACAUUUAAUGUAGACUAACAUGGAUUGUUUUUUUUACUUUCAUGAGCUGAGAAUGCAUCACUAUUUUAUUGCUGAGUACCAUUUUUCAAUUUGUAUUCCUGUAUUCAGAGCUGAGUAGUGUUUGUAGAGAUUCACCAAGUUACUACAUUUCGAUUUCUAAGCAUCACACUGUUGCAUCUUACUAUUUAACACUCAUCCAGCUCUUUCUUCUAGGUGGAGUCCCACCCCUCCAAAUCGUGUUGAGGUUAAAUUUCAGUCGUUUUAAUUUGCACAAUACCCUUUGUCACCAGUAACACCAGUUAUUCACCAGUACUUACCAACCUUUUGUGCAUGUUUUAGGUCUGUGGAACAGACCUUUGUCUCAUGAAUUCAAUUCUUGCAUUAUGAUUUUCAUUUCACUGUUAACCUUGUAGAUUUCCUUUUGUUGUACACAUUUAAAAAUCAAGAUUUUAUUAUUAUUAUACCCUUUUUCCUUAGCAUUAUUGAGUUAAAAGAUUUUUGUUGGACUUAACAGGACAUUUAUGAAAACUGAAACAACCUUGAUGACGGUUAUACUUUUACCUGCUAUUCAUUUAGACUUAUUUUGCCUCUCUAUCAAAAGGCUGUUCAACCCUUUGAAAGACUCAGUAUUCACACUUACUUGUUGUAAUAGUUAUUGUACUUUGAUACAUAAGAGCAGAAUGAUAUUGUAUGUUACAAAAACUAAUAUUCACACAUUCAUGGUGAAUGGGUGAAUGUCUGAAUGUAAUUUGAAGAGCUUUAGGGUCCUCUGGACUUUAUAAAGUGCUAUGCAAGACAUUUACAAUUAAUUUAUAAUCACAAAAAUGUGCUUCUCUAAAUUUGAUUGAGACAUAAAUAUAUAUAUAUACAUAUAUAUAUUUCAUCUAAAUGGUUGAAUGUAUCUUUUAAUCUCUUAUUUAAGUCAGCUCUGAAUACAGACCAUUCAGACUCUAUAGCAUAAUUAAUAGCAUUUCUACAUCCCUCUGUAAGUUGACAUUGACAUAUUUUGUUAGUUCUUGUAACUGCUCUAAAGGCAUUUGAACAUGUAAAAAAAAAACACAAAAAACAAAACAAAACAUAUUUUCACCCGUUUCUAAUCUAAAUAGGUAUAUUUUCAAUAUUAGUUUGUGAUCAAAAUGAACAGCUCAUGUCCAAACUGUAUUAUAUUGGCUCUAUAUAAAUAUCCUGUUUUAUUUAUUCUUGUUCUGCUUCAUUCUCAGAACCUGUUCCAAACCAGUUUUGGGAUAUGUGUAGCAUAUUUCUCUCCUUUAUACACAUGUGCAUUUGUUUUGAGACAGAAACAAAGAGGGCCAGUACAAAUUGCCACUUGAGAAUUUGUGCAAUAUGGUGAGAGGUUAACUUGCAUGUAAUGUCCAUAUGUAAUUUUUUUGUUUUUGUAUGUGUUAUUUGAUAGUCUUUCUUUGAAUCAUUCCAUAAACUAGUGCCCAAACAGGGCACAAGACGCAUCUCCUUGUAUUUCAAAACAUUUGACUUUAUUCCACUCAUUUGAGACAAUGCGUGUCACAUCACGUACUGGUCACACUGCAGUUUCAUCCUGCUUGACCUUUGUCCUCUCAGUCCUCUGUGAACCAAACACAUAACAAAUCUGUGGAGUGACAUGUCAACAUUGUAUUGUGUUCAUGCUACUAUCCUCAGACCGUCAGUUCUGGAGACAGAACGUCUCACCAUUUAAUACAUUCCAGAUGACUAUUCAGCACACUGUUAUCAAUGUACGGUUCCUCCCUUAUUUGCGAUAUUGACACACAUUUUGAUAUGAUAGGAUAGGGAAUGUGCAAACUGCCCGGGGUUAAAGCAACCCUUAUAUCCGUCACAACAGUAAAAUUAGACAGGAUGUCAGUUCAUCCACUUGUUAAAUCUGCAGUGUUAUCUUUGUGCUCAUGUGGGCUUUUGCUGUUUUAAGUGGUUUGAUUUGUUGAGAAUGAACUUUGGUAAUUCAUUUUUUUAUGUUGUUGUUCUUCCCAGAGACUCUGUUUCUAAAAUCAUCCUAAUAAAGUAAAUUUAAGAGACA